AUGCAAAGGUGCCCGAGCUUCCUCGAGGCUGCUUCGCGGAGUCGCGGGACACCACGCCGGGGCCGCGCUCCUGGCACCGAGGCUAACACGCAAUCCGGGGUCCAGUCCGAGCCCUGGCUGGAGGAGCCAGCCCGGCUCUGCGGGGAGGCGGCGGGGUCGACUGUUCACUGCAAAGCUACCUCCAUGCGACCCUCCCCUUCCCGCCUCUUCCCCUCCCCCAACCAGCCUGAUCUGGGUUCUUGGGCGCUUAUUGUUUUAAUGAAAUUUUUGGUUGUUGUUGUUUUGGUCCUUGAAUGUGAUUUUAGCUGCGAGGUAAGGAUCUGGGGCCCUGCAGGCGCCUUGGAGCUGGAAGGCGGAGGCUCUGGCUCUCGGAGGGGUCUGUGGUGUGGCCGCGGGAGCUCCUGGUGGCGGCGACGGUUCUCCUGGGCUGGAUGCCGUAACAGAGGCAAGAAAAGAAGUAAGCAAUGUCGUGCAGUUUUUUUGGCGCUGCGGAGAGCAGGGGGCCGGGCGACCAACCGCCAGGGCCCGACAGAGGGGCGGCUGGGAGUCGGCCCUGUGUCCCCGCCGCCGUCGGGGGCCCCCGGCAGAGCUGGGGAAGGGUGCUGCUUUGACCCGGGCACAGGCUGGAAACGCUCGCCUCCGUGGCUCGCGCGGUCAGAGCUGUUUGCGCUGGCUCCUGGGACAUCAGCCCCAACGAAGACCUGGGGCGAUAAGUGCGGGCACCUCGAUCCCCCGAAUCUGUGGUUUGGCCGGUAUCAGUGUUCUCCUGACUUAACUGGCCUGUUUGUGAAUAAUAAGCUGUUGAGGGAUGCCAUUCGCGGAUGUGGAAAUGAGGCGUUUCGCUCGCUAUGGAAUGAGAGGUGUCAGGAAAGAAGACUAUAUCACAGAGCCAGAAAAAAAAGUAAUCAGUUGCAGCACACAUGGGCAUUUCCAGCUGCUUACCAAGAGGAAGUUCUGUGCAGUGCAGUGGCUGUAAAACAGCAGGAUGAUUUAUCGUUGGGACAUUUACUCAGGGUGAUGGACACCUUAUGUGAAGCUCUGGAAGUUGGUCAAGGCCCUGCUCUACCCCACACCAAAAUCAGAGGCCUUGUGGAACUCAGAUCAUGUGAAAUGUGAAAUCUAUUGCUCCCGGAAACUCCUAAUACAUACCGGAUAAUGACUAAUCUCAAUGGUCAAGUUCUUUAUUUCAGAGUUGGCACCAUGUUGAAUUAUGUUCCGGAGUUAAAAUAAAAUUCCUAUAAAGGUGACCAUAUUUUUGACUCUCCACUUGGAAGAUCCCACUGGGCCACUGGGGCAUGAGACACAAGAUAUAUAAGACAUAAUAACACUCUAAAACAUAAGCACCUGUUUUAUGUUGGUUAUUAUAUAUUAUUUGAUACCUGGCUUUGACACCCACAUGCGGACAUCUAACUACACCAAGUUCAAUCUAUCCUUUUUUUCUUUUUUACUUGUGUGUGGCUGUUUAGCUCAGGUGGUUAGGGCAUGGGCUAAUGAGAACAAGGUCACAGGUUCAAUCUUUGUGUGGGCCAGCAGGGUUUGCUUUGUUCAGUGGCCACAGACUGGGUCCAGCCAGCUGUCUAGCAUAUGUCUGCCCCAGGUCAUGAGAGGACAGGGUAGGAGGGAGUAGAUGGACAAGAGCAAAUCCAUCAUCACCAUUAGAAAAAGCCAAGCCAAGCCUGUGUCCUACUAAUGGGGGUCAAUAAUGUCUCAUUUAAAUGAAGUUGACAUUUUAUUACUUCUUGCUGAGAGGGUCUUUUGAACAGCAAAUUCAAACAUUGUUGCCUUUUUGUGUGAAUUCAUUUUUAAUAAAUGGAAGGCUGUAUAAGACCUCAGAUGAUUACAGCUUUCUAAAUAUAAACUAAUGGCUUAACUAUUUUAAAAGUUGGUGUAUUAUUAAAAGAGAAAGUUCAGUGUGGCUAUUCAGUUACACCUAAAUCUGCUUUGGCUAGUGAAAUAAAAAAGAUAUGAAUU